GUGGCUCGCGUCAGUGUUGCGCAGAUUCGGUUUGAACCGAAAGCGGAGUGUGACCUUCCCUGGCGGCGGAGACCGGCAGGAGACCGAGCGAGGACCCAUGUCAGCACUCCCGUCCACGACCCUCGCCACGGAGAUGAACAGCAACUUAGCUGGAGAUGAAAUCGGGAAGCUGUUUGUGGGUGGACUGGAUUGGAGCACCACCCAGGAGACUUUGCGAAACUACUUUUGCCAGUAUGGAGAGGUUGUGGAUUGUGUCAUCAUGAAAGAUAAAAGCACAAAUCAGUCCAGGGGCUUUGGCUUUGUGAAGUUUAAAGACCCCAAUUGCGUACGGACCGUCCUGGAGACCAAACCUCAUAACCUGGAUGGAAGAAAUAUUGACCCAAAGCCUUGUACACCUCGAGGUAUGCAGCCUGAGAAGACUCGGGGAAAAGAAGGCUGGAAAGGAAGCAAAAGUGACAGCAAUAAAUCUAAGAAGAUAUUUGUGGGUGGAAUUCCUCAUAAUUGCGGUGAAGCUGAACUCAGGGAUUAUUUCAACAGAUUUGGAGUGGUCACAGAGGUGGUAAUGAUCUAUGACGCAGAGAAACAGAGGCCUCGAGCUGAUCUGUCCCAACACCCUGCUGCUCUGUUGACUUUUGGUCGUUGGCUAGGUUUUGGAUUUAUAACUUUCGAGGCCGAACAAUCAGUGGACCAGGCUGUCAACAUGCAUUUUCACGACAUCAUGGGCAAAAAAGUUGAAGUGAAGAAGGCGGAGCCACGGGACAGCAAAGCUCCCGCCCCCGGUCUGCUGGGAGCCAAUCAGUGGGGGCCCCGAGCCAUCUUAAGCGCAGCCAAUGGCUGGGCAGCACAACCAGCUCCGAGCUGGCAGCAGAGCUAUGGGCCUCAGGGUGUUUGGGUGUCUACAGGUCAACCUCUUGCUGGGUAUGGACCUCCUUUAACUGCUGGCCGUGGGGUACCCGCACAACCUCCUUCUCCAUUUAAUGCAUUUCUAGUUGCAGCACCUACAGGGGGAUUCGGGGCACCUCAGGGAUACCCCCAGCAGGGCUUUAGCGCGCAACCUCAGUUUGGAUAUAGUUUUGGCACACCUCAAGGUGACCAGUUUGUAGCACAUGGAAUGCCGCCCCCUCCCGCCACACCGGGUGCAGGGCCUUUAGGUUUUGCCCCGGCGACGACUCCCUCUCAGGACCUGAGCAAAGCCACCCCAGCACAGCCAGACUUCUCCUAUAGCCAGUAUGGCUUGGGUAACUAUCCUCAGGACCCCUCUGCCUACGGACCAACGCGUCCUUCUCACACUUAUGUACAGGAAGAGCAGGGAUAUAGUGCAGGUAGGUGAGCAACUGCAUACUACAAUCACUUAAACCCAAUAAAACAAACAUCAGCCUGUGGACCCAUAAUGCUUCGGUUCUGUUACAUGCAUCCCAUGUACAAUAUGCAUAUGCCGUGUGCAUAUUCUACAUCAAUCUCUUCAGUUUUUAAUGGGAUAUACUAAAGUACAGCUACAUGUCAUUCAGAGAGCCUCAAAAGAUGCAUGUUUGAAUGAAAUACAAUAAACUCCAUGUUUGUGUUUUCUUUUGAUCUGAAUCUCUCAGUAUUGUAACUCGUAUGGCUUGUAGCUGUAGUUUAUUGUAUGAACAAAACUGACGGCUUGCUCCAGAUGUUCUUUUUCCCAUCACUGCAUUGCUUUGCUGCCAAAAGGAUGAUCUAAUAUUGUCUCUGCUGGGUUUUCUGUGGAUUUUGUGCCCCUCACGCAGCGUGUGACAAACACGGCUGAACAAAUCUGCGGAUUCGGCGACCGCUGGCAAUUCGAUUCUUUACUCGACUUUUAAAAGUUAUCCAUUUCUCUUAAUUUGUGUUCCCGUAGUCUAAUGUUUCACUUUCAUCUAGAGACUUUGGAAUAAACUCUGUCCAAAAUGCAUUUCUGCCUUUGGUGUUUGUGUUUUAAUUUUUCCAGACUGCUUUAAAUGUGUUUUCAUGACCUGUUUGUCAUCAUACUUUUGUUUGUAGCUGUUUCCUAUUUGGUUAAUUAUGUUUUAAGUCUUUCUUUUAUAGAUGCAUUGGACAUACUUUGGCCACAUACACACUGAAAAGCUGCUUUUAAGAGUGAAGUCACUUCAUUAUUGGUCAGUGUGUGUACAGAAUUGACGUCGUGGAUAACCACAGUAAAAAGAAAAAUAGAUGCCAACUGUUUAAUCUGCUUGUGUUACACAUUUCCAACCAAAGUAAUAUUAGCAAGAUCUAUAACCGCAUGGAAAUAAGUAAAUCACUAAUUUUUCAGGAGUGAACUUGUUUGUAGAAUUCUAAAAUUGGACAAACAGGACUAAAUGUGUAAAUCCAAAAUAAACUUACAUAUACAAUUAAACUUACAUUACAAACAGUUAAAGCUGAGCACAUUACAAUUUCAAACCUUGUCCAAUUUCUCUGUAGAAGUUAUUACUGAUAAAAAUGUCUGUGUACUACUUUAAACUAGAGUUGUGUGUAUCUCUCAACCCCACAAACAAUCUGCUCUAAAUAUUUAAGCACUAGUUCCUGUUGGAAACAUGCAAAUAAGACCAUUUGUCAGAGCAACUCGAUCAAAUCCCAGUUUAAUUACCUUUACAUGGGCAGAGUUCAAAUCAUUCUUUAUAAAUCGGAUAGUUCCAGUCCUUGAAUCUGAUUGGUUGAGCCAAGUUCGAAGCUGUUGUAAAUUACUCUACAGACACACACCUUUGUUUACAUUUGUGUGUUCCUCAGCAACCACUUUGUUGGAACCACAACAGUUUCUGGGGAAUUUGUUUGAUGGAAGAAUAAUGUUUAUGUAUUUAUUUGCUAUUUUGUGAAACCUUACUACGUAUAUGGAAUAACUGUUUUUUUAAAAGCAAUAACCCCCGUAAAGCCUUGGUUUACAGUGAAUUUAUAACAGCUAUAGGAGGUUUUCUGCUUUGCGUCCUGCCUAAAAACACCCAUUAGCUAUUAUAAAUUCUCUGUAAACCACGGCUUCUUGGGGAUUACUGCUUUAAUAUACCACGAGCCCAUAACCAAUGUUCUCCAAAAGCAGGAUAGGAUUGUAACGACUUUGAUAAUAAAAAUGUGCAAUCUAUUUGAAUUACACUAAGAAUAUUCUAUUUUUAAAAGCAGGACUGUAACCACAGUAGACGAUAAGGGGUCACUACCAAUAAUUCUAAAUUCUAAAUUGUCCACCCAGUAUGUGAUAUUUUUAACAGUAUUUGACAAAGUUUCAACCGUUACAGUUUUAGGCUGGCCAGUGGUCUAAGAGUUUUUACUGUUAAUAAUAGAGUAAAUUCCAGCACGAUGCUUCAGAUUUUAAUGGUGAGGCAAGAUAUAAGUAGCUAAACACGUAGUAUUUGACAACUGUUUGACAAAUUUUCACGAGCAAUUUUGCAUUUAAAAUAUAGGCUAUUAUUUUCAUGAUUGAUGUAAUUUAUAAUCGAAUGUGGUGAAACAAGAAGCGUUUUUUUCAACGUAGCCAUACAAAAAAAGACUAAAUGGGUGCAUGAUAAAAAAACAAACAGCUCUGAUUACUAAAAUCAGUAAUGACCAGAUUAACUAGUAAUAAUGAUUACUAAAAAAAUCUUGUUCUUUUUCUCAUACCCUUAAAUCCAUUUCAAGCCUAUAUUUAUUUAAAUUUGUUAAGUAACAGUCUUUAAAAAAGGUUACCCCUAAUGUUCAAGUAGAAAAUCAAAGAUCAUCUAAAAAGACUACUUUUGACCACCCUAAAAUUGAUCACGUUUUAUUGCAGCUACAGUGAUAAAUUUGGACAAUUUUGUAGAAUUAAUAGUAAUUAAUUAGUUAAAGGGAUAGUUCACCCAAAAAUCUAAUUGCUGUACCAAACAGUUAACAGUAGCUAUUGACUCACAUGGUGUUUUUUUUUCUCUAAUGGAAGUCAAUGGGUGCCGUCAACUGCAUGGUUACCAAAAUUUUUCGAAAAAUCUUCUUUCGUGUUCAGUAGGAUAAACAAACUCAUACAGGUUUGUAACAACUUGAGGGUGAGUAAAUAAUGACUAUUUUAUUUUGGAUGAACUGUCCCUUUAAGGAAACAGACUUAUACCAUGAAAGUUAAUUUUUUCAUUGAGACACAUCAGUGCAAAAAAAUCAUGUCACAUGCACUGUGCAAAAACCAAACUACACUUUAGACUUAAGAGAAGUGUCAACUGUAUUUAGCUGCGGUGUGUACGUGGCCUUUGUCUCGAGAAGUGAAUAAUCGAGUAAAUGCAAUCAAAUGCAGAGGGGUUACAAGAAAGCCUGGUCGCAUACUGACACUUCCAAGUUUACUGGUGUUUAAUAUCACGUCCCAUGUUUUCAUGUCU